AGCCCAGGAGACAUUCCGGUCACUGAAAAAUGGUGCCGUUGACGCGAGCUGCGGGUGACUGAUUUGGGUGCGUCACUGGGGCAUCAUGUUUUGGGGCAUUUUUCCUUUCCCAGUUUGGGAAGUGGGAUGUCAUUCGACACCGCUUUAUAACAAAUUUUGAAGCUUGAAAGAAAAAAUUGCAUGAUCUCGUUCCCCUCCGCCUCGCGAUUCAACCUUGUUCGAUCUUUAUCCAUCUUCAAGAUGGCUCGAUCAGCAUUGGAUGAAGUUACAGAAUCUGGUGCAUUCAACCGCACCGCAUCAACCUUCCGCAACUUUAUUUCAAAAGACAAGUCAUCCCGUUUUCCUGCAGAAUAUGGAAGAUAUCAUCUAUACAUAUCUUAUGCAUGCCCUUGGGCAUCCAGAUGCCUUUCAGUUGUGAAGCUCAAAGGGCUUGACAAGGCGAUCAGUUACACGGUAGUCAAACCAAUAUGGGAAAGAACAAAGGAAAGCGAUCAGCAUUUUGGAUGGGUCUUUCCCAUUUCUAGCACUGAAGAAUCAGGCGCUGAGCCUGACUCUCUGAAUGGAGCUGGAAGUAUUAGGGAACUUUACGAGAUAGCUAGCUCUAAUUAUGCUGGAAAAUAUACUGUUCCUGUUUUAUGGGAUAAAGAACUCAAAACAAUUGUGAGCAAUGAGAGUUCGGAUAUAAUCCGCAUGUUGAACUCCGAAUUUAAUGAUAUAGCAGAGAAUGCUGAUUUGGACUUGUACCCCUCUCACAUGCAAGCAAAGAUAGAUGAGGUCAACGAAUGGGUAUAUGACAUGAUAAACAAUGGCGUUUAUAAAUGUGGUUUUGCUAUGAAACAAGGUCCUUAUGAUGAGGCGGCGGCAAAGUUGUAUCAAGCCUUGGACAAAUGUGAGGAGAUUCUGAGUAAGCAACGCUAUAUUUGUGGGAAUGCAUUGACUGAAGCCGAUAUUCGCCUGUUUGUCACUCUCAUAAGGUUUGAUGAGGUUUAUGCUGUUCAUUUCAAGUGCAACAAACAGCUCUUGCGUGAAUAUCCAAAUCUGUUCAAUUACACCAAAGACAUAUACCAAAUCCCAGGCAUGAGCAGCACGGUCAACAUGGAACACAUAAAGAAGCACUACUAUGGAAGCCAUCCUACCAUAAAUACAUACGGGAUCAUCCCAUUAGGUCCUAAUAUUGAUUUUUCUUCUCCUCAUGAUAGAGAAAGAUUUGGGGAUUAGAAUUUCCCAGUUUAUUCAAGGCAUGUUCACCAUGCUGUCAAGACAUUCUACUUUGUUUAAAGCAGCGUCCUUGUGGUGCAAAACCAGAUCAGAAGGAGGUGAAGUAGACCAUUUAAAAUUCUGUCAUCUUCCCGUGUGCAGGUACAUGGAUGUAAUGUUUGAAUAAGCAAAUUUUCCUGAAAUUACUUGGUCGCAUGAACAAAUAUAUUUGUGCUUGGUGAGUAUAAUUCUAGCAGAAACCUGUACAUGUAUGUUUAUUUUGCAUGUUCCUUGAACUAUAUUUUGUCCUUGUUCAGUUAGACUCUUUUUAUUA